AUGGAUAAUGAUCAACCUUGUGCGAAUUCCAUUAUUGAGGAUAACCAAAAGAAGAUGAUGCAUAGAGAUAUUGAAAGGAAAAGAAGACAAGAAAUGUCCGCCCUCUAAACACUCAGAUCCUCACUGCCUCCUCAAUCUAUGAAAGGAAAACAUUUAUUGGCAGAUCAUUAUAUGAACGAGGCUGUGAAUUAUAUUAAACUCCUUCAAACAAGGAUCAGAGAACUUGGUGAGAGAGAUGACCGAAGGAUACAAAGGUCGCUGUUGCCGGAUUUGGGUAGUACUGGUGCUCUUGGCCUCGAUAGAAAGCCGUGUUGCGGUCAACCCUUGCUUACGGUUGAGAUUGUAAUAAUCAGCCGGCCGCAGGUUACUGGUGCCUCUCCAGAUCAACAAGGUGUUGCCUUAUCAAGAUUCGUGCAUAUACUGCUUGAACAAGGACUUGAUGUAAUUAGUUGUGCUACCACCCUGGUUAACAAAAGGCUUGUCUGCACCAUCCAAUCCGAGCUUGGUGAUGAUGUUAGGUCGUCGAAUUUGAUAAAGUUAAAGGACUAA